AUGGCGGCCUCGGAGGCGGCGGCGGUGGAACCCGCGGCUCUGGCGGCGGGCGCCCUGGCCGUCCCAGCGGCCGCGAGUGGAACCGCCGCCGCCGCCUCGGGCCCUUGGGGGGCUCCGGGGUCCCGGCUGAGGGGCAGCCGGCUACGGCCCGCGGCGGCACGUCAGCACCCCGCAGCCCCGGCGCCGCCGGCCCGGGAGCUGAUCCAGCCGUCGGUGAGUGAGCUGUCGCGGGCCGUGCGGACCAACAUCCUGUGCACCGUGCGCGGCUGCGGCAAGAUCCUGCCCAACAGCCCGGCGCUCAACAUGCACCUGGUCAAGAGCCACCGCCUGCAGGAUGGCAUAGUAAACCCAACAAUAAGAAAAGACUUGAAGACUGUACCAAAAUUCUACUGUUGUCCAAUUGAAGGAUGCCCCAGAGGCCCCGACAGACCAUUUUCACAGUUUUCUCUCGUAAAACAGCACUUCAUGAAGAUGCACGCCGAGAAGAAGCACAAAUGCAGCAAGUGCAGCAACUCGUAUGGCACCGAGUGGGACCUGAAGAGGCACGCAGAGGACUGCGGCAAGACCUUCCAGUGCACAUGCGGCUGCCCCUAUGCCAGUAGGACGGCGCUGCAGUCGCACAUCUACCGCACAGGCCACGAGAUCCCCGCGGAGCACCGGGAUCCACCUAGUAAAAAAAGGAAAAUGGAAAACUACCUGCAAAACCAGAAGUUGUCCACAAAGACCAUUGAAUCCUCGAGCAGCCAACCAAACCCUCGGCCAGAAGCCCAGGAACUGGAGACUUCAGAAAUAAAACUCAUGCCCUCUCUUGAGGACUCCCGAGGCUCCAGGAAGCAGAGCGUCACCACACCUCCACGAUACCCUCAGAAGCUGCUCCUACCGAAGCCCAAGGUGGCUCUGGUGAAGCUUCCGGUCAUGCAGCUGUCGCCUAUGCCGGUCUUUGUGCCUACAGCCGACUCUGCAGCCCAGCCCGUGGUGUUGGGCGUCGAUCAGGGCUCAGCAACGGGUGCCGUGCACCUGGUGCCCCUGUCGGUGGGGGCUCUGAUCCUCGGCCUAGAUUCCGAGGCAUGCUCCCUGAAGGAGAGCUUGCCUCUCUCCAAAGUUAUAAAUCCCGGUGUUGAGCCAGUGAGUAUGGGUGUUCAAGUGAACCUAGGAAAGAGUCCUUCUAAUCCUUCCCAAGAGCUAGGGAGCCCAUGUCAGAGAAACGGCAUUUCAUCCAUCAACGUGCAGACGGAUCUGACCUGUGCCUCGCCACACUUGGUCCCCUCUGCCCCAUGGCCUGGCCCUGACUCCUCCGUGUCAUCUUGCUCUCAAACCGACCUGUCAUUUGAUUCUCAAGUGUCUCUUCCCAUUAGUGUUCACACUCAGACUCUGCUCCCCAGCUCUAAAGCAGUGUCGUCCAUCGCUGCUCAGACGGACACUUUCCUCGACACCUGUCUCCAGCCAGGUGGGGUCUCCAGGGAGACCCAGACCUGCAGGGUGCUGGGGCCCCCGGACACCCGGAUGCAGGUGGACCAAGCCGGGAUGUGUGGGGACAUUUUUGAGAGUGUCCACUCAUACAGCGUCCCCACAGAUAAUAUUAUAAACAGCAGUUUAGUAGCAGAGACCGUCACUCACAGUUUGUUACCUCAGAGCAACCCUAAGGCUUUAAGUGAAGAUAUUGAGAAAUCCGCACCCAUCUUAAACUUUAGUGCGCAGAACGGCAUGCUUCCCUCACAGAACAUGACAGAUAACCAGACCCAAACCAUAGAUCUGUUGAGCGACUUAGAAAACAUCUUGUCAAGCACUCUGCCCGGUCAGGCGUUGGACAACCGUGGUCUUUUGUCUGAUGCCAAUCCCGGGGCUGACACCCAGCUCCCCUCCGGCCCCACCCAGAACCCCAGCAUCGAUUUUGAUAUUGAAGAGUUCUUCUCCGCCUCCAACAUCCAGACUCAAACUGAAGAGAGCGGCCUCGGCACCAUGGCCACGGAGCCAGUCCUGGAGUCACUGGACAUAGAGACCCAGACCGACUUCUUUCUUGCGGAUCCGUCCGCCCCACCCUACGGGUGCAGGGGCGGGGCUCACUUCCUAGGGCUCGAGAUGUUCGACACGCAGACCCAGACGGAUUUAAACUUCUUUUUAGACAGCAGCCCUCACCUGCCCCUCGGCAGCAUCCUGAAACACUCCAGCUUUUCCAUGAGUACGGACUCGUCCGACACUGAGACCCAGACCGAAGGACUCUGCGCCGCCCGAAGUGUCCCCGCUCUGGAGAGCAAGGUGCAGCUGAACAGCGCCGAAACACAGACCACCAGGUCAGGCCUGGAGACUCUGGGGAGCUUGUUCUUCACCAGCAACGAAACGCAGACAGCCAUGGACGACUUCCUGCUGGCCGAUUUGGCCUGGAACACCAUGGAGUCUCAGUUCAGCUCCGUGGAAACCCAGACGUGUGCCGAGCUGCACAACUUCUAAAGGAUUAGGCCACUGUGAGUGGCAGUUGCCAUUUCCUCCCAGACUUUAAAAAAACGGGGAACAGGGAUGACAGUAUUAACUCUGUUGAAUGUAGUCCAUGACGCAGUUGCUUAGGUUCUUUGCGAUUCUUUGCCUUUUGUACUUGUAAACAAACAUGCUAUUUGUGUAUAAAUGUGAGUGUAUUAUAAAGUGUAAGAUGUCGAUCUGAAAAUGUUUUCAUGUUGCCUACAUUUGCGCUUUCACAGCUGGUCUUUCCAUCCCAUGUCAAACACAGCCAUUUGGCUGAAGCCAAGCUUACCAGGUGUUGGGGUGCAGACUUCUCCCAUCUUCGGCGUUUUAGCCAAGCGUGACACACGUAAACCACACCUCACCUGCUCCAGACUACGCUUCUGUGGAUGGAGACACGUGCUGCUGCACUUGCUCCUGCUUUGCCGUCUCUUCCCAUCUCUUCUCUAUUCCAAUACGGAGGGAAACCACAGCCAGCUUUAUGUAGAUUUUGCAGUGGUUUUCUUGAAGUCACUGCUGUGCCCUCUCACAAGCGAUCGCUGAUCCCGGGGACAGUCCUCCCUCACCCAAGGGUUGUUGCUAUGAAAUUACUGCCUAGAGAAGGAGCAGCCAGCACUUAGUGUAAAUCACCAGGCUCUAAGCAAGAGCAAGGCAUCCCGACCCCUUCAUCGGUGACAAAAUUGUGCUGUUUUAAGAGCAAAAUGUGCCCUGCUUUAAGAGCAAAACACCUCUCUCUGCUCUCCAGCCACAUCCAUCCAGAAGAUGUCCAUGACCAAUGGUGUGGGUUCCCCCACCCAGCAAGCUGUCCUGCAGAGGGGUGACCAGCUGCAGGUGACCCCAGUGCCAUCCAGUUCUGACCCCACCUGCAGUCCAGGCCUCCAGGAUCUCUAGCAACCAGCCGGAAAUUGGAGAUACCAUCACUCUGUCCUUGAGUUUGAUUAAUUUGCUAGAGCAGCUUGCAGAACUUGGAAACAUGCACCGGGGUGUUGGAGAGGAUCCAGAUGAAGGGAUGUUGGGGUGAAAUGUGGUAAGGGGACAGAGCUUCCAUGCCCUGAAAGAGCACCACCCACCGGGACACCCGCCCCGGGCUCAGCUGUAGGAAGCUCUUGGAACCCAGUUCUCAUUACACGCGUGUGGUUGCUUAAAUUCUUGGCCUUGGUGAUCAACUUAACUGCAGCCUUUCCCCUCCCUGAAGGCUGGUAGGAAGUAAAGUGAAAACAGCCCAGCCCUCUAAUUGUGCUGGGUCUUCCUUGUGCCCAGUCCACCCUGAAGCUACCUAGUGACUGCCAGCUGCCAGUGAUCGCAUUGUCAUGCAACAACAGCAAACACAACACUUACUCCAGAGAUCACAAAGAUCUUAGACUAUUAGUCCCAAGGAGGAAGAGCAAAUGUACAUUUCAUGUUAUCACAUCUACAACCAUCCCUGCUCUCCAGGCAGGCCAGCUUGGGCUCCAGAGCUGCUUCCCAUCCGCAGUGUGCCCACUGGCUGCCUUUGAGUGUUGUCCCUCCUAAUAAUGAAAAAGAGCAGAAAAGGACAUUGCCCCCAUCCCCAGAUUUCACUACUUCACACUUCUAAGCUUCAUGGGACAAGGAUCCAAUCUACAAUUUUUUUUUUUUUUUUUUUUUUUUGGUAUCAGGGAUCAAACUCAGGACCUUGCACUUGCAAGGCAGGUGGCAGAACCACUGAGCUAAAUCCCCGGCCAAUCUACGAGUAUUUUAAAGUGGCUUUUCCUUCCAACCACCACUCAUCUUUUCCUUGAAUAAGGAAACACACUGGUCAAGGAUAUAUUUUGUGCCUUGAGGCUAACAGUUAUACAAUAGAUCCAUCCAAAAUAUGGUAUUCUGCUUAUUGUUGCUUUAUUUAAAGAGUAACAUAGUCUUUAAAGAAAAUGGAGAAGGUGGAAACCUAUUGCUUCAAGAACAUGUUCUGUGUUUUGAGCCAAGAGCACAGUCAAGUAUGCUUUGCUGGUUCUCUGUAUCCAGUAGGUCCUGACUUCUUAAUUGUUGGCUAGCUUUCAGGAAAGUAAGAAUCAGUGCAGCUUUUGAGGUCUCUAAGCUUACCCCAAAAUGCUCUGUUCUUUCUGUAGCACACGCCUUUGCUGCUGAAGCUAAAUCCUCAAAACCGAAGAAGUGGACUAAUGAGUCAUUAAAGUAAAUUGAUGGUGUUGCUACUAAUGCUUACCCCAUCCGUCUGAUACAAAAGAACUGGUGAUGAAUGGGUCAGUAACACGGGGCAGAUAGAUGAAUUCAACCUAUUAGAUAAGUGUGCUGCAGUUGCCUAUGAAUAUGAGUUUCAAACAUAAAGCCUUAACUUAGAUUGUCAUUGUUUUAGAAUUGUCACUGCCUUAAUGUUCAGAUAUCUAUUUAAGUCAUCCUGCUAAAGGAGAAAUGCAUGUUUGUUUAUGGUUUUUUGUAAAUAUAAAUGGAGUGAUCUAUGGCUUUAAACAUUCUUUUGUGUGUCUGUGGAAAUGUUUGUUAAUCCAGCCAAUAGAGUUAUUUACAGAAAAAUGGAGCAUGUAAUUGUUCAUGUGCAAGAACUGUUUCCCCCAAAACUUUAGUCAGCUGAACUAAGAUUAUUUGUAAAAACUGAAAUCCAGUGAUUAAACAGAAGCUAGUAUUCUA